AUGUCACCUCUCGCCGCCGGCGUUUCCCUUCUCGUUCUCCUUCUCUCGCUGAUCGCCGUCUCCKCCGUAAGAAAAAGCCCUGAGGAUAUCAUCAAACUUCCGUCUGAAGCUUCUAGAUUCUUCCGUCCUGCUGAGAACGACGACGAUUCUUCCACGUCCGGUACUAGGUGGGCUGUUCUCGUCGCCGGAUCGAGCGGAUACUGGAAUUAUAGGCAUCAGGCUGAUAUUUGCCAUGCUUAUCAACUUCUGAGGAAAGGUGGACUAAAGGAGGAGAAUAUUGUGGUUUUUAUGUAUGAUGAUAUUGCAAAUAAUGAAGAGAAUCCAAGGAAAGGGAUCAUUAUCAACAGUCCUCAUGGAAAGGAUGUCUAUGAAGGAGUUCCCAAGGAUUACACUGGAGAUGAUGUUAGUGUUGAAAAUCUGUUUGCUGUGAUCCUUGGAGACAAAACUGCUGUUAAAGGGGGAAGUGGGAAGGUUGUGGGUAGCGGUCCAAAUGAUCAUAUCUUCAUAUUCUACAGCGACCAUGGUGGUCCUGGAGUUCUCGGGAUGCCGACUUCUCCUUACCUAUAUGCAAAUGAUCUCAACGAUGUCUUGAAGAAAAAACAUGCUUCCGGAACCUAUAAAAGCAUGGUGUUUUAUCUUGAAGCUUGUGAAUCUGGAAGUAUCUUUGAAGGGCUUCUUGAUGAGGGUUUAAACAUAUACGCCACAACUGCAUCAAACGCAGAAGAAAGCAGUUGGGGUACCUAUUGCCCUGGAGAGGAACCUAGUCCUCCACCGGAGUAUGAAACUUGUUUAGGUGAUUUAUACAGUGUUGCUUGGAUGGAAGAUAGUGGCAUCCACAAUCUACAAACCGAGACCUUGCACCAGCAAUAUGAACUUGUGAAAAGGAGGACUUCAGGUGUUGGGUCGGUUUACGGUUCUCAUGUUAUGCAAUAUGGCGAUGUAGGACUUAGCAAGGAUAGCCUCGAUCUUUACAUGGGAACAAACCCUGCCAAUGACAAUUUCACCUUUGUGGAUGCGAAUUCACUGAUACCACCACUUUCAAGAGUUACAAACCAACGUGAUGCAGAUCUUGUCCAUUUCUGGGAUAAGUACCGAAAGGCACCUGAAGGUUCUGCAAGAAAAACAGAAGCUCGGAAGCAAGUCCUUGAAGUCAUGUCUCACAGACUUCAUGUUGACAAGAGUGUGAAACUCGUCGGGAAACUCUUGUUUGGCAUUUCGGAAGGUCCUGAAGUGCUGAACAAAGUACGGUCUGCUGGGCAACCGCUUGUCGAUGACUGGAAGUGCCUUAAAAAUCUGGUGAGAGCUUUUGAGAGGCACUGUGGAUCGCUGUCUCAGUACGGUAUCAAGCAUAUGAGGUCCUUUGCAAACAUUUGCAACGCAGGGAUCCAAAUGGAGCAAAUGGAGGAGGCAGCUUCACAGGCUUGUCCUACAAUCCCAGCCGGUCCUUGGAGCUCUCUUCACCGCGGAUUCAGUGCUUAG